CAGUGACGUCAUUGUUAUCGAUAGUACACUUCCUGGAGGAGCUGCCGUCGUCAGCCGUCGGGAGGUUAAAAUAAUGGAUUAAAUCCCCGAACAGCCGAAAACUAAUGCCAGCGCGGUUCGGUAACUUCCGCCAGUAGUCGUUAUAUGUCGGGGGGGGGCGCUAGGUGGCUAACAGCGGUAGCUAAUCAUGAUGGCGUCCAGUUACAACGCCAAAGACGAGGACGGACACAUCACCGUGUCCGGGCCCGGAGGCGGCGGGACGCUGCGGGGCAAGAAGCCCGAGAACACCGCGUUCAAACAGCAGCGACUGCCCGCCUGGCAGCCCAUCCUCACCGCGGGAACCGUGCUCCCUGCCUUCUUCAUCAUCGGACUCAUCUUCAUCCCCAUCGGCAUCGGCCUGUACGUGACGUCCAACAACAUCAAAGAGUUUGAGAUUGAUUACACAGGCGUCGACAUGUCCAGUCCGUGCUUCAACUGCUCCCAGAACUUCAGCUGGAACAGCACCCGGCCGUGUACCUGCACGGUGCCGUUCUACCUGGAGCAGCCGUAUGAAAGCAACGUCUUCAUGUACUACGGCCUCUCGAACUUCUACCAGAACCACCGUCGCUACGUGAAGUCCAGAGACGACAGUCAGCUGAAUGGAAACGUGGAUUCCCUCAAGGAACCCAGUAAGGAGUGCGAGCCAUACGCUAAACACGACGGCAAGCCGAUUGCGCCGUGUGGAGCGAUCGCCAACAGCAUGUUCAACGACACGCUGGAGCUGUUUUACAACGAUCCCAACGGCACAAGAGUCCAGAUUCCUCUGACCAACACCGGCAUCGCCUGGUGGACCGACAAGCACGUGAAGUUCAGGAACCCUGGAGGCGACAGCUCAAACAUCACAGCCUCUUUCCAAGGCACCUCGAAGCCGGUGAACUGGCGCAAGCCCGUCUACGAGCUGGACACGGCUGCAGACAACAACGGCUUCAUCAACGAGGACUUCAUCGUGUGGAUGAGAACCGCCGCCCUGCCGACCUUCCGCAAACUCUACCGCAUCAUCAACAAGACGAGCAGCAUGGUUCCGACUCUGCCGCGAGGAAACUACACGCUGGAGGUCGUCUACAAUUAUCCCGUUCGCAGCUUCGAGGGCAGGAAGCGGAUGAUCCUGAGCACCAUCUCCUGGAUGGGAGGCAAGAACCCGUUCCUGGGCAUCGCCUACAUCACCGUGGGCUCCGUCUGCUUCUUCCUGGGCGUCGUCCUGCUCAUCAUCCACCACAAAUGUGGCAACCGCAGCAACAGCGCCGACAUUUCCAACUGAGACCGGCCGCCCUCCGGCUCACCUCUGCUGCAGCGAGGGUAGAAACAAGCAUCAGACAGGGUUUUAGGGUUUUAGGGUUUUAGGUUGCUUGACGGUGCCUGAUUAUUUGCCAAAAUUUAUAGAAAAGUAGCCAAAAAACUUACAACCGCAGUCGACGUAUAACAACUUUUGAACGCUUUUACUUCCUGGUAGGACGAGCGUUAGAGUAUCAGACUGAUGAGUCACAUGAUCAGCUGCCUUCAGAGAGUUUCUAUCAGGUCUGAAAGCGUCGAGAUUUAAUCUGGAAACCUUCAGACAGAAACUGUAAAACGACCGCAGUGCUUUACCGGGACCAAAACCACGAGGACACGUCAGUCCAAAUACAACACUCUCAUGCCGUACACUGAAAGAGUACGCUUUAGUCACUCCUCCUCUUCCUCCUCUUCCUCCUCCUCCUCCUCCCUCCUCCUCCUCCUCCUCCUCCUCCUCUUCAUCUCGACUGCGAAACCUUCAUUCAGAAUCGACACUGAUAAACAGCCGUUCUCAAACCUAUCUCUUAAAGCUCGGCCUCUGACUUUUAAUGAGCGAUUGGUGAUAAAAUAAUGAAUCACUGACAUUUACGACAAACUGAAGAAAACGAAACACUUUGUGUGUCUGCGAUAAAGCGACUGACGACGCCACUCGACCACAAACACCAGAGAGUUAGCCUCUCUGAGCCGCUAGCUUCUGUCUACAGGAGGAACACGGGUCUGGAUCCGGACUUUAAGAACCCCCCGCUGUAAAAGAUUGAUUUUGUUUUGGUAGAAAUACCCUAAAUUCUCUGCUUCCAGCUUCUCAGAUGUGAAUAUUUACUUGUUGUCUUUGUCUUCUGUGACAUUAAACUGAAUCCUUUGACCAUACGUGUACUGUAAAAGGCGUUUGGAGUUGUGAACUCAUUAACAUUAAUUUACACAGGAGGGACGAUUACACCGACUCUUAUCAUACGUGUAGCCUGUGAAUAUUGUAUUGAGACCAUCCAAACCUUAAAGGCUGAUUGUACUGCUUUUAAUCCACAGAUAAUAAAACAAAAUGAACACGUAUUUAAUGUUUUCCCACUAGAACUAUAUCGUGGCAUUAAAGCGAGGGCAUUGAAUUAGCAUAUAGCUGAUGAGCAGUAAGGAACAUAUAGAUAAUAUAUAAUGUUCUGACGCCUGUAGGAUCUCAGUGGAGGUGAGCUGGAGCGUUUCUUUAAGCUGCAUGCUGGUUAGCAGAGACGUUAAUGUGAUUACCGAGCUGCUUGAGCGGCUCGUCUUUGUGCCUCGUUUCGUCUGCGACUUUAACCUUCUUACGAACUAUAAGUUCACGCUUUCACGCGCAAGUUCCACGGAGCACAAAAUGUUUGGGAGCAGCUUCGUUUCUUUACGUAUUUCAUUUUAAGAAACGUUUGGAGAGCCGGUGUUUGCACACUGUAAAAAAAUAUUUGAGAAAAUUCAUAAUUUUAACUGAUUUCACUAAAUGUUUAAGUUUUAGGUCAAACUUUGAAGUUUUUAAAUAAAAUGUAAAACAGUUUGCUGACAUACCUUUUUUUCUAAUUUACUUUUAAAUACAGAAAAUUCAGUAUUUAACUUUUUUUUUAAAACUUUAACUGAGCUGUGAAUUUGAUUUUUCAUUAUUUUGGUGCUUGGAAAUGAAAUAUUUGCAAUUGAAAAUAUUAAAUUAUAUAUAUUAAAUUAAGAAAUCGAAAAAAAAAAUUUGUUUGUUAAACUUAAAAAUGUUAGUUAUUAUUAUUAUUAGUUUAUUUGAGAACUUAAGAGUUUGACUCAAAGCUUUAGUGAAGACAGUUGAAACUAUGCGUGCGAGCUCAGGUUUGAGUCUAAAGGUUUAAAAUGUAAAUGAAUCCAGAAACGUGCACAGACACGUCGCUGUAGCUUCGUUCGUUGUCGUUUACAUGCAGUAAUAAUAGAUUAUAAAUGCAGCAUGAUGAAACUACAUGUGAUUAAAUGUGUUUGUUAACAUUUACACUGCUGACGGUGAAUCUAACGCACACGAGUAGUUAACACUCAAAUCCUGCCACAUUCAGAUUAAUACAGGCUGCAUGUGGAAAUACGCUGAGUAAAAAUGUUUUAUUUAUUUUAUUAUCUCAUCAACAUGAAAAGCACUGAAUUUCUUUUGAUACUCAUCUGUGUUGUAUUGUUGCUUAAAAAGAAUAAAUUUGUCAUUUAAAUUAAA